AUUAUACAACACAACCAAAUACAUGAAAUGCAUUCUAACAAAACCUUGACUGUUCAUAUAACAAUGUUCUUGCUAUGGUAAUAGUUAUAGAUUAAAUUAUGCAUAACUUACAUAUGUUUUGAUAUGGUUAUACAUUUACUAUUCUUUUUCUGUUUGAAAAUACAUAUCAUUGUUCAUACAUUAGUGUUUAGAUAUAGAUUGCUGGAAUAUCAAAACAAGGUCGUGUAUUUGGAAUUGAAUCACUGCACAAUGGGAUUUCUACAUCUUUAGUUGAUAUUUUUGACCAAUUAGCAAUGAUUUGUUUUGUAAUCACCAUCCACGAUUUGAGACUAAAGUUUUGUCACAAUGAAUGACAGUUUUGAUACAUGUUUUUAGUUAGUAACCAUGGCGAGAAAGUGAUAUUUAACCGGUCACUAAGUGUGACGUUUUGAGACUAUAGCGGCAUCAUAAAUAGUGACGAACUUGAUAUGUGGUUUUUGUCAUGAUAUGUGGAGUAUAACGUAUUUUGGACAAUAAUUUCAGUAAGAAAUUUUGAUAUUUUAGAUACAUUUACAGAUCGUUACAUUUGGUGACGAAAUAGAUAAAUAUUAGUUAGUCGCAACUCGUGUGUUGUUUUAAUGACUAUAAAAAAUCUGUGACGAUUGUACUGUAACCAUCCACCAAUCGUCACAUUUGUAACAAUAUUUUUAUUGUGACUAAAAAUAAUUAUUGUGAUGGAAUAUUAUGUAACAAAUGGACUUCUUUUCUUAUUUUCUUGUAGUGAGAAGUGGUGGAUCACACACCACCAAUUGUUCAUAGUUCAAACAAAAUCUCACCUAAAUUAAAAUGAUCUAUGAACAAUUGUGGGUAAAUCUCAUAGUAUUUAUUUUUUGGUUGAAUAUUGACCAAACAUUUAAACCGUAGAUUUAGUACCAUUUUUAUACCAAAUCACCAAAAUCCCAAAAAAAUAUUACAAAACACAAACCAAAAAAGGAAAACGGGCCCCCCUUUGGAAAAUCCAAAUCCUAUUCUCAUUGGCUAAUUGCACUAUAUCCAUUACCAACCGUUGAUAAGAUUACAUCCAACGGAUAAAAAAUCCUCAUCCCUGAUUUUGUCCUUCCUUCACUUAUUAUUUAAAAACCACACCAAGGACCUGGAAUCCCAAAACAUAUUACAAAUCUCUUCUUUAAAUCUACACAUUUGAGAAAUGGAGGCUACCGGAAAAGUGAAGAAAGCUUUCGGAAGAAGGAAAGCCGGCGGUCCCAAAACCAAAUCGGUUUCCAAGUCUGUCAAAGUCGGUCUCCAAUUCCCUGUGGGAAGAAUCGGUCGUUUCCUGAAGAAAGGACGAUACGCGCAGAGGAUCAGCCGUGGUGCUCCUGUUUACAUGGCUGCUGUUCUUGAGUACCUCGCCGCUGAGGUGCUGGAGCUUGCUGGUAACGCUGCUAAAGACAACAAGAAGACGAGGAUCAUCCCGAGGCAUCUUCUUCUUGCGAUCAAGAACGAUGAAGAGCUGGGAAAGCUUCUGAGUGGAGUCACCAUUGCUCACGGUGGUGUUUUGCCUAACAUUCACUCUGUGCUUUUGCCUAAGAAGAAUGCUAAGUCAACCGAGGAGAAGGCUCCCAAAUCUGCAGCCAAGUCUCCUAAGAAAGCUUAAUUAUGUUCUCUUUAAAGUUUCUUCUCAUUCACCAUUUUCAUGUUUAUGUUUGGUUAAUAUAAUCUAUGUUAGGGUUUGGUGAAUGUAUAUGAUAUAAGUCUUAUUUAGGAUCUAUGUAUUUUGUUUUUCCAAACUUUGUCUUAGAUCUUAUAUUAA